CAUGUCUACUUUUUUUUUCUAUCACAAAAUUACAUUUCGUCGAAUAUUAAUCAUAAGAGCAUAACUAGUUAGCAAUCAAAUAAAAUAAAAUAAAAAAUAGUGCUAUCUCUUAACAUUAAUUAGCACUAAUAGCACCGCCAAUGGGCAUAACAUUUAUGGGAAAUGCAUAUAGAGGAAGGAGUGAGCUGGCUGAGGAUAAGGGCUAACACUAUUUGUUUCUUUCAAUCCUUAUCUUCUUCUUCUCCUUUCCGAUAAUAACAAAGAUUUGAUUUGCUAUGUUAGCAAAAAGGUUUGAUUUGUUAUUGUUCUUUGUAUUCUUUCCUUAUGUAAAACAAACAAAUAAAGCACACAUACGGAAACAGAAACUCAAAUAUAAAGAUCCCACACUAUCUUCUAUGAGAAAAUAUUGAUUGUGAUGGACAAGUUUGGUUGGUCCUUGUCGUCUUCUUCUUCUCCCGUCAGCAAGAACAGUGACGAUGAAGGCGGAGAAAAUAAAGCUGAAUCUCCUUACAAGGGUCCUCUUGAUAUGAUGGAAUCUCUCGAAGAAGUUUUACCCAUCAGGAGAGGGAUAUCCAAGUUCUACAACGGGAAGUCAAAGUCUUUCAUGAACUUAAACGAGGCUGAAUCCUUGUCGAUGAAAGAUUUAGGGAGGCCAGAUAACCUUUACAGUCGUCGCCGGAGAAAUCUUCUCAGUCACCGGCUUUGUUGUCGCGGUGGAAUCUCGAAGAAACCCCUCAAGGCCAACUUCACGGUGGUCUCAUCCUGUGGCGAUGAUUCGUCUUCAGCCUCUCAUUUAAAACAUCAGCAUUGACUGACCACUGAUAGAGUUUCUUGCGGAUUUUUUUUUUUUUUUUUUUUUUUUGGAGAGUUCAAAUUUUAAAAUAAAAACGGCUGGAUUAAUAAGAAGAUGACUCACCCUC